AUGGCACUGCAGAACAAAGGCAUCUAUAGGAACCUUCCCUCCUUUUCGCCUGACAUCAAAGGCUUGACCGCCAUUGUCACUGGCGCAAAUGGCAUCUCCGGUUUCCACACCAUGCGAGCCCUUCUCGGUAGCCCAGAACGCUGGAAGAAAGUCUGGGCCGCCAGCAGACGACCGCCACCCAAGGAGAUGAUGGCUCUCCUGACCGAAGACCAGCGUUCGCGAGUUGAGCAUGUUGCUUGUGACUUCUUGUCCAGCGGAGAGGAAAUUGCAAAGCAACUCAAGGACAAGAAUGUCACCGCCGACUAUGUGUUCUUCUACUCAUAUGCUCAGCCAAAGCCGGAACCUGGAAAACCAGCGUGGUCGAACGCUCAGGAGCUUGUUGAUACGAACACCGCAUUGUUACGAAACUUCCUGGAAGGUCUGGACAAGGCUGGUGUUGUUCCGAAGAGGUUCUGCUUGCAAACGGGUGCGAAGAACUACGGAGUUCACAUUGGUCGAGCCAGGACACCGUUCGUGGAGUCCGAUCCGCGCCCAGGCAUCGAGCCGAACUUUUAUUAUCCGCAAGAGGAUCUUUUGUACGAGUACUGCAAGCGCAAUUCCAUCGGAUGGAACAUCAUCUGCCCUGCGUGGAUUAUCGGUGCCGUCAACAACGCCGCCAUGAACGCUUUGCACCCUCUAGCCGUAUACGCAGCCGUGAAAGCCCACCAAGGCAAGGUUCUUGACUUCCCUGGCGAUAUCAAUGCCUGGCUCGGCGUUACAGAACACAGCACAGCGACGCUAACUGGCUAUCUGUCCGAGUGGGCGGUGUUGGAAGACAAGUGCAAGAACCAGAAAUUCAACGCAAGUGAUACUUGUGCUUUGCCCAAUAACAGGCUCUGGCCAGAACUCGCGCGCUGGUUCGGAUGCAAAGACUACGGCAAGCCGGAGCUAGACGAGUCGAAGUUCACCGUUGUCGAUCCAGGCGACAAGCCGACGCCGCUUGGUUAUGGCGGCACUCAAAAGUCACGCUUUAGCUUCACGCUCGGCCACUGGGCUGCGCAGGAAGAGAACCACAAGGCUUGGAAGGAGAUCAUGCAGAAGCACAAUCUGACAGAUGAUCCCUUUGAAGGCGAUCUCGAAGGCUGGCAAUUUGCCGAUGCUGCGGCUUGGGCGAUGUCGUUCGCACUAAGCAUGAACAAGGCGAUGAACUUCGGUUGGACCGGCCAUGUCGACACGCUGGAGAGCUUGCAUUUGGCCUACUCAGAGUUCUCAAAGAUAGGGAUGUUGCCGCCAAUGGUCGGGGAAGCGAAACAGUUGAUCUGA